CACACACACACACACACACACACACACACACACACACACACACACACACACACACACACACACACACACACAAUCGCUUCAGCUUUUAAAUCAAAUAAAUUAUCAGCUCUGUUAUAAGGGCAAUGACGCUAUUAAUGAUAACUCUAAAAAAAAUUAUAUAUUGGUAAUUAAAAGUAAUAUUUCAUUUCAAGUUUAAGAUCUUAGAGAAUUCUUAACUUUAAACAAUGCGUUUACUUACAGCAGUUAAUAAAAACACAAACUCAGACCUGAUACCAUGACGUUUCACCACCGUUACCUCAAUAACCUACACCUACUGUGUCCCACCCUUAGCUUUUAUUACUGAUUAUUUUCUCCUUAGGGUUAGGCUUAGUACAGAGAUGUUUCGUCUUGUUCCACAGUGUUAGCCUACCAAUAAUAAUCAAUAAAUAUCAUGUCAUGGACACUGAAACUCCUAUACUCUCCUAUACUAGCUUCUCUUUGUUGUUUCCUCGUAAAAUCUAGUCCUCCUUACUCACAAGCUCCAUCUGGCCUUAAGCACGUCUUAGAUCCUUAUACUAUCAACACAACACUUCACUCUCAUUUUCAGUUCUUGCAGUUGUGUUUCUUCCUCUCUUCUCUAUCACCCAACUGGUUCAGAUGCCCAUUGGCCUUGAGUCUAGUUCUGCUGAAGGUUUCUUAGGUUAGGGGGACAUUUACUUUCCUAUUGUUGCUGUUUCAUGAAGAUUUAAGCUCAUUUAUCAUGUCAUGAAUUAAAGAGCUCACUCAAGUGGGACUUAACAUUUGAAUAUAAUAAGAAUCUGACCUAGAGACAGUGAGGUCAACAAGUCCUCCGUCCAAUCACAGCGCUCCAUGCUGUAACCAACAGUAACCAGAUGAAGCACACAGGUAGAGAGUCCAUGAGCCUAAAGACAAACUACAAAGAUUACUGACAUUAAAAAAAGAUCAUAUUACAUUAUUACUUAUUAUGGUGGCUUUAUGGCUCAGUUGGUAAAGUGUUGGCUUGGGGAGUGGAACGUCUCAGGUUUAAAACCCACCAGAACACCAUGUGUGUUCUUGAGUAAAGACACUUUGCACUAGCCCCCUCCUUACCUCAGGGGAUGGGUAAAAAUGCUGAGAAUAAUUUAUCCAAUGUGGGAUCAAUAAAGUCAAUAAUAAUUAUUCUUUAGUCAAGAAGUAAACUUGAUUUAGUUAAAUAACCAAAGCACUGCCUUCGUAUGUAAGCCAAGCCCAGGUUUAUGGUUCAUUUAACAUAAAUUUACACCUCGAUUGUAAUUAAAUGUAAUUAUGUAUAAGUGAAUGUAAAACCUUAUUUAACCUCGUAUGAAGUUUAGAUUCCCAAUAUAUCUGCUACAGAAAUUCAUUUUGCGGUUUAAAAAAAACAAUUUCUGACCCCAUUGUACAACCGUGUUUAUGUUUGAUUAGGUCCAGAGGAAAGACGCGCUGUAAAGCAGCGGUGUAGCCACAGGCUUCCAACAACCAACAGGAACAAAGUACUUGAUUGUUCGUCUACCAUGAAAGAACUGAUUGCUCAGGUGUGUUUUAUUUCGGUGUCUUGACUUUAGUUUCUAUUGUAUUGUAUUUUAGAAUAGAAACAAAAGAAGAUACGGUGGGAUCAGCGUGGCACUUUGGACUGCAGUGACCAGUAGACGUGAAUCCAUAGGUGGCGAAGAUGUUCUCUGACGGAACGAAACUACUACUGCUCAAAACGGAGCGUUUUGCCAAGUAGCAGAUAGCUCAGCUUCAAAGAGGAGAAUGAUAGAAAUGGAUGAUUCAAAUGAAAAAACCACAAGCUCUGAAGCUAAACAUCCGCACAGGGAACCAACACUCACCGUGGACCCGCUCACGGUCUCACACCUGUGUCCACCUAACUAACCUCUCUACAGACGCGAGGCUGGAGGAUCAACGCGCUUUCCAACUUUCCUCAGACUGGUGGAGCUUCCUGCAGACGAACUCCAUGGGGGUACGACGGACAACCGCUGCAGUGAAUCACAUGUAAGGAAGUCGUUAGCAUGCUAGCACCGUGUGGCUAAGUGGGUUAACUUGCUACACUUUGGAUCUGAAAGAAAGAAAAUGUUGCCAGACCUGAACAGUUACAUAACAGCGCUGAGGCGGGGCGGACUGGUUGGAUUGAGAUGGAGCGAGUUCAGAUCAGUCACACUCAGGCUGAGUGAUGGGUCAAGCUCAUGUCUCCCAUGCUCCCAAGGUUGUCCUCAUGGGUCUGGAUUCAUCAGGAAAGACUACGUUGCUGGCUCAUCUAUUAAGAGGACAGGUGGCGGAUACGUCUCCAACCAUUGGUUUCAAUGUGGGGACUCUGAACCUGGACAAGAACCUAUCUCUGACUUUGUGGGACGUGGGGGGACAGAAGGGCAUGAGGCCCAACUGGACGUUUUACCUGGACGACUGUAAGGCCUUGGUCUUUGUAGUGGACAGCAACGACCCGGGUCGUCUCCCUGAGGCCCAAAACGCCCUGAAAAAGGUUCUGAGUGACGAGAGGCUUCGAGAUGUACCUCUGAUGGUUUUGGCCAACAAGAAUGACUUGCCCAGUGCCCUUAGCAUCGAGGAGAUUUCCACCCAACUGAACCUCCCCAGCUACAGCAAGCGGUCAUGGGAGAUCCAGGCCUGCAGCGCCCUGAAGGGACUUGGCCUCCAGCAGGCCUUCCUGUCAGUCUGCACCAUGAUCAAGAAGGGCUGACCGAGAUGUGGAUGUGUUCUGAUGGAGCCUCCAACACCACAUAAUCACUACAUGAUUUCAGGUGACAAAUGAAUCAGAAAUCUAACGGUAAGACACUAAAAACAGAAGGAAUAAAACAUCAGGAAUAAAGGCAUAAAGUAUCAAUACUAGAAGAGAUGCUUAAAAAAUAAAAUAUGAUAA